CUGAUGUGAAUGUGCUUGGCGAGCGAAUGCAGUACUAUUUGUCCGAGUACAACCAGCUGUCGCGCACGCCGAUGUCGCUAGUGAUGUUCAAGUUCUGCAUGGAGCAUGUGUCGCGCGUCAGUCGCGUGCUGCAGCAGGACAACGGCCACGCCCUGCUGGUGGGCAUCGGGGGCAGUGGCCGCCACAGUGUCACCAGGCUCGCCGCUUCCAUGUCUGACAUGGCACUCUAUCAGAUUGAAAUUGCCAAAAAUUAUGGUAUUGGAGAGUGGAGAGAUGAUUUGAAAGUACUUCUGAGACGUGCUGGAUGUGAAGGCAAACUCCAAGUUUUUCUAUUCAGUGACAGUCAAAUAAAAGACGAGGCAUUUGUUGAGGAUAUCAAUCUUAUAUUGAAUACAGGAGAUGUCCCAAAUUUGUAUGCUUCUGAUGAAAAAGCUGAUAUUCUUGAUAAAAUGAUGAAUUGUGCAAGAGAGACGAAUAGGAAAUUGGAUACCACUCCUUUGGCUCUUUAUAAUUUUUUCCUAGAAAGAGUCAGGAAUAAUCUUCACGUUUCAUUGGCAAUGUCACCAGUUGGAGAUCAAUUCCGUAAUCGCAUCAGAAUGUUUCCUUCUCUUAUCAACUGUUGUACUAUUGAUUGGUUUAUGGCAUGGCCAAAUGACGCCUUAGAAAAAGUUGCUCAAAGUUUUCUGAAAGAUAUGGAAAUCGAUGAAAUAUUACGUGAGAAAUCUGUAGAAAUGUGUAAAGAAUUUCACACAUCUGUCCAAGAAAGCUCUGCAAGGUACUAUAAAACGUUGAAGAGACAUAAUUACGUCACACCAACGUCGUAUUUAGAAUUGAUCAAGACGUUCAGAAAUCUUCAUCAGAAAAAGGUGGAUCAAAUAACCAAUCUGAGAAUGCGUUAUGAAGUAGGCUUGGAAAAGUUGGACUUCGCAGCAGGACAGGUUGCAGUUAUGCAAGAUGAACUGCACAGAUUACAACCACAAUUGGUGAAAACAUCUGAAGCUACUGAAAAGCUCAUGGUGAAAAUUGAACAGGACACUGUUAUUGUGGAAGCUAAAAAGGAGAUAGUGGGAGCAGACGAGGCGUUGGCGAAUGAGGCGGCAGCGGCCGCACAGGCCAUCAAGGAUGACUGCGAGAGUGACCUGGCAGAGGCGACCCCCGCCCUCGAGGCCGCCGUACAGGCACUUGACACACUCAAGCCGGCCGACAUCACCAUUGUCAAAUCUAUGAAGAAUCCACCCAACAUUGUCCGAUUGGUAUUGGAAGCAGUUUGUGUCAUGAAAGGCAUCAAAUCAGAGAGAAAGCCCGAUCCCAAAGGAUCAGGUAAAAUGAUGGAGGAUUUCUGGGGGCCGUCUCAAAAGCUUCUCGGUGAUCUCAAAUUCCUUGAUGGAUUAAAGAUGUACAAUAAGGAUAAUAUCGAUCCAGCAAUAAUGAAGAAAAUCAGAGAAAAGUACAUAAGAGACAGAGAUUUUGAUCCUUCAGUUGUCAAAAAAGUAUCGAAUGCUUGUGAAGGUCUAUGUAGGUGGGUGCGGGCCAUGGAGGUUUAUGACAGAGUAAUAAAAAUCGUCGCACCGAAAAAGGCAAAACUUGCCGAGGCGGAAGCAGAACUGAGUAUACAAAUGGACAAACUGAAUGAGAAGAGAGCUCAACUACAAGAGGUAACAGAUAAGUUGCAAGCUUUGAAUGACGAAUUUGCAGCAAAAACCAAGGAGAAGAAAGAACUGGAAGAUGCCAUCGACCUGUGCUCUCAGAAGCUGCAACGUGCUGAAAAGCUGAUUGGUGGUUUGGGAGGAGAGAAACAGAGAUGGGGCGAUCUGGCGCAUCAGUUAAAGGACACAUUGUACAAUGCAAUAGGCGAUGUGCUGUUGUCUGCCGGCGUUGUCGCCUACCUGGGAGCAUUCACCGUCGACUACAGAAGCCAACUCAUCACUCACUGGAACAAGAUCUGCUUUGAAGCGGGUAUUCCAUGCUCGGAAACAUUUUCCAUGAUCACUACUCUUGGGGACCCUGUGCAAAUUCGCAGCUGGUCCAUUGAUGGUCUUCCAGUGGACAAUUUCUCCAUCGAGAAUGGUAUUAUCGUGUUCAGUGGACGUCGAUGGCCUCUCAUGAUCGAUCCUCAGGGCCAGGCAAACAAGUGGGUCAAGAACAUGGAGAAAAAGAACAAACUCAGUGUCAUCAAACUCACUGACUCCAAUUACACACGUAUACUAGAAGUAGCGAUUGAACAAGGCUUGCCAGUAUUGCUUGAAAAUAUCAUGGAAGAAAUCGAUGCCAACUUGGAACCUUUGUUGGAUCUCAACAUAUUCAAACAAGGAAGCGUGGAGUAUUUGAAGUUUGGAGAGAAUCUUCUAGAAUUUAAUAGAAACUUCCGAUUCUAUAUCACAACCAGGUUGAGAAAUCCUCAUUAUCUGCCUGAAUUAGCUGUUAAAGUAUCCCUUCUCAAUUUUAUGAUUACACCUCAAGGACUACAAGAUCAACUACUGGGUAUACUUGUUGCAAAAGAAUGUCCGGAAUUGGAGGAUAAGAAGAAUAAACUGAUCCUGGAAGGAGCAAGCAACAAGAAGCAACUAAAAGAAAUAGAAGAUAAAAUUCUUGAGGUACUGUCGUCGUCAGAAGGUAAUAUUUUGGAAGAUGAGACCGCUAUUCAAAUACUCUCUUCUUCAAAAAUACUGUCUGAAGAAAUUCAAGCCAAACAAGAAGUAGCAGCUUCCACUGAAACAGAGAUCGAUCAUGCCAGAAAUUUGUAUGUGCCUGUUUCAAAACACUCGUCAGUGCUCUUUAUGUGCCUCAGAGAGCUGGCCAACAUAGACCCCAUGUAUCAGUACAGUCUCGGAUGGUUCAUCAAUCUUUACCACCAGAGCAUUGCCAGCAGCGAAAAGUCUGACAUUCUUGAGGAACGUCUGAAAAAUCUCAACAAUCAUUUCACCUACAGUAUCUACUCGAACGUUUGCAGGUCUUUAUUUGAGAGAGAUAAACUAGCUUUCUCUUUCAUACUCUGCAUUGGAAUUCAACAAUCGCGUAAAAAUAUUGAAGAUGAGCUAUUAUUGUUUCUUCUGACAGGGGGAGUCGCUUUGGACAACCCUUUCCCCAACCCUUGUUCUUCGUGGCUGAGUGACAAGUCGUGGAAUGAAGUGGUGCGCGCUAGUGAGCUAGCUGAAUUGAAAGAGUUGAGGGCCUCGAUAACAGAGAACGUUGACGAAUGGAAACAGUUUUAUGAUUCGGCCAGUCCUCUUGUCGGAAUGCCGAAACCCUUCCAGAAUGCAAAGGCCAUGGAGUGGCUGUGUAUCCUUCGCUGUUUGCGCCCUGAUAAACUUGUUCCCGCCACUCAGAUUUAUAUCACUGAGAGCCUUGGUCAGAUGUACAUUGAACCACCUCCAUUCAAUUUGAGAGAAUCGUAUGCUGAUUCCAACUGCACCACGCCACUUGUUUUUAUACUAUCGGCAGGUGCUGAUCCCAUGGCAAGUCUGCUCACAUUUGCUGAUGAAAUGAAAGUGAACCGAGCCAGUCUCAUGACCAUAUCACUAGGACAGGGACAGGGACCCAUUGCAGCUAACAUGAUCAAUCAAGGUAUCAAGACAGGUCAAUGGGUUGUUCUCCAGAACUGUCAUUUAGCAGAAAGUUGGAUGAAAGAGUUGGACAAGAUCUGUGAUGAAGUGAUUGUUGCUGGCAAUGCUCACAACAAUUUCCGAAUAUGGCUCACCAGCUAUCCGUCCAGAGCGUUUCCUGUCUCGAUUUUACAAAAUGGUGUGAAGAUGACCAAUGAACCUCCAAAAGGUCUUCGUUCGAAUUUGUACCGGUCUUACACUUCAGAUCCUAUUUGCGAUGCAGAGUUCUACAAUGGCUGCAAGCAGAAACCUGAAUGGAACAAGCUUCUAUUUUCAUUGUGUUUUUUCCAUGCCGUUGUCCAAGAAAGACGGAACUUUGGUCCGCUUGGCUGGAAUAUACCAUACGAAUUCAAUGAGUCUGAUUUGAGAAUCAGUGUUAUGCAGCUCCAGAUGUUCCUGAACGAGUAUGAAAACGUGCCUUAUGAUGCUCUUCUGUACCUCACUGGAGAGUGCAAUUAUGGAGGAAGAGUGACUGAUGAUAAAGACAGACGUCUCCUCAACUCAUUGCUGUCUACCUUCUAUAAUCCAGAUGUAAUUUCUGUCGAAAAAUAUACAUUCUCACAGAGUGGCACCUACUAUAUGCCGGAUGACACUGAUUAUUCAAGUUGUAUCGACUACAUCAAAUCACUUCCUCUUUAUUCGUUACCCGAAGUGUUCGGGCUUCAUGAAAAUGCAGAUAUUACAAAGGAUAAUAAGGAGACACAAUCGUUGCUGGAGAGCGUUCUCAUCACUCAGACGCAACACAUGGCAGGCGAGGGCGCAGGCGGCGAUGAUGAAAUGCUCAUUGAAAUUGCCAACGACAUCUCCUCCAAACUACCAGCUCUCUUUGAUAUUGAUGACAUAGCUGUCAAAUAUCCUGUACUGUAUGAACAGUCUAUGAAUACAGUCUUGAAACAGGAAACAAUAAGAUUCAACGGCUUAUUGGCAGUUGUUAGAAGAACGCUGGUGGACGUUGUGAAAGCAGUGAAAGGAUUAGUUGUGAUGUCUCGUGACCUGGAAGAAGUGUACAAUGCUAUGGUGAUUGGUCGGGUGCCAGCUACCUGGGCCAGCAAGUCAUACCCCUCACUCAAGUCGUUGGGAAGCUACAUCACCGAUCUCAUUACAAGGUUGAGAUUCUUGCAAGCUUGGAUUGAUGAUGGCAUUCCAGAUGUAUUUUGGAUUUCUGGUUUCUUUUUCACUCAAUCCUUUCUAACCGGUGUACUUCAAAACUACGCUCGCAAGCACAACAUAUCAAUAGACCAGCUAAGCUUCGAAUUCGAAGUGACCAAGUUCGAGAAUCAGGUCCCAGGCGAACCUGACUUUGGAGUAUUUUGCAAGGAUGUGCAGCUACAAUUUGAUUCUCUAGUGAAGCAAAAGCACCAGGAAGAGGAAUUUAGUGUCUUCAUAGAGGUGAGAAACAAAGGUGAAACACGCCUUGGCACAGUUCAUAAAUUUAAUCCAAUCAAACUAUCACGCAUGCACAACAUCAAAGCAUAUAUUUCCUAUUUAUUCAUGAAUUGAUUGAAUACAGUAUAUUGGUGACAAAUGUUAUGAUUUUUCUGUUUCAAUUUGUAUAAUAUUGAAUUUUAUAUUUCAAUGUUUGUAAUAUCGUUCUUUGGGGCUCUUGGAUUCUCCUACGAUUUGUGUUCCUAGUUU